GCUGAGACAAGCGGAGAACUGAGGACCGGCGGCGCGCGCUCACACACCCUCACGGAGUCUCCAAACAAAGAGAAGCACGCGAGGCAGCAGCAUCCCUCUCAGCCCGCACCGACCCGCACAAUCUCUCCCUCCCGUCCGAACCGGAGCCCAACAGAACCGAGCAUGUCGACGAACGGCGCGGCGAACGGAACCAGCGACAUGCUGCAGAUCCAGUUCGGCCUCAUCAACUGCGGGAACAAGUACCUGACCGCCGAGACGUUCGGCUUCAAGAUCAACGCGUCCGCCAGCAGCAUGAAGAAGAAGCAGAUCUGGACCCUGGAGCAGACCGGGGACGAGUCCAGCUCCAACGUCUUCCUCCUCAAGUCCCACCUGGGCCGCUACAUCGCCGCGGACAAGGACGGCAACGUGACGGGGGACAGCGAGAGCCCCGGGCCGGACUGCCGCUUCGUCAUCACGGCGCACGACGACGGCCGCUGGUCGCUGCAGUCCGAGCCGCACGGCCGCUACCUGGGGGGCACCGAGGACCGCAUCAUCUGCUUCGCGCAGACCGCGUCCGUGGCGGAGAAGUGGAGCGUGCACAUCGCCAUGCACCCGCAGGUGAACCUCUUCAGCGUCACGCGCAAGCGCUACGCGCACUUGAGCGACAAGGCGGACGAGAUCGCCAUCGACCGGGACGUGCCGUGGGGGGUGGACUCCACGAUCACGCUGGUGUUCCGCGAGCAGCGGUACCACCUGCAGGCGUCCGACAACCGGUUCCUGCGCAACGACGGCGCGCUGCUCGCCACCACGGACAGGAGCACGGGCUACACGCUGGAGUUCCGCUCCGGGAGGGUGGCCUUCAGGGACUGCAGCGGCAGGUACCUGGCCCCCUCCGGGCCCUCCGGAACCAUGAAGUCCGGCAAGAGCGGCCGCGUGGGCAAGGACGAGCUGUUCGUGCUGGAGCAGAGCCACCCGCAGGUCGUGCUCACCGCGGGCAACGAGAGGAACGUGUCCACGCGACAAGGCAUGGACCUGUCAGCCAAUCAGGAUGAAGAAAGCGACCAGGAGGUGUUCCAGGUGGAGAUCUGCCGUGAAAACAGGAAGUGUGCGUUUCGGACCGCGGCCGGGAAAUACUGGACCUUGACGGCUAACGGGGGCUUGCAGUGCACCGCCUCCACCAAGUCGGCUAACUGCUACUUCGACAUCGAGUGGCGUGGGAAGAGGCUGACUCUCCAGGCAGCGAACGGGAAAUACGUGGCCGCCAAGAAAAACGGCCAGCUAGCAGCCACCAUGGACUCUGCAGGUGAGUCUGAGGAGUUCAUCAUGAAGCUUAUCAACCGUCCGAUCAUCGUGCUGCGUGGCGAGCACGGCUUCAUCGGCUGCAGGAAGGUGACGGGAACGCUGGACUCCAACCGCUCCUCCUAUGACUUCUUCACCCUGGAGUUCAGAGACGGAGCGUACAACCUGCAAGAUUCGACUGGGAAGUACUGGAUGGUUGGUAACGAGCAGUCUGUGGUGAGCAGCAGCGACGCCCCCGUCGACUUCUUCUUCGAGUUCUGCGACUACAACAAGCUGGCGAUCCGCCACGCCGCCGAUGGGAAGUACCUGCGCGGAGACCACGCCGGCGUGCUGAAGGCCAACGCCGACGACCUGGAGACGGCCACGCUCUGGGAAUACUGAGGGAUGCUGGGAAACCACGGCAACAAGGAUGCACCCC